GGAUAUGUUUUUAUUAGCUUGAUCUAGCUUGAGUUUUCCCCUUUCAGGUCCCCUCUAUUUAUACAUGGGUUCUUGAUAAUUAAGGCCGCCCACUGGUUAUCGGCCCAUCAUGAGCCCCCCAACUCCUUAGUCCUCAACUGGGCCGAGUGGAGGAGUGGGGAGUUUUCAAAGUCCACGUGGGCGCUCCAGCGGGGAUCCGGGUCGUUCCUUGGGUUCCGCAUGACGUCUGGGCACGAUCUCCACAAAUAGGUAAUCAUGACCCGCCGAUUCGCCUCCCUGCUGUCAGUUAAAAACCGCCGCUGGACGCCACCUUUUCCCUUCGCCUUCUUCACCAUUAUCCGUCUGCAAUUCCGCUGCUUCCCCAACCCGUUCUUCUUUCUCUCCAGGUCAGUUCCCUUUCUCGCUGCCAUGAUUGUUUCAGAUUCCGAUUCGGCUACCCCAUCGUCCAAUUCUCGCCAAGCCGAUCAAUCGGCCUCUGGCCGUAACCCCGGCCGCACUCCAUCGCCCCAGCCGUCGCCGUCGGCCGUUCCUGGUCACCAACGGCGCCGAUUGAGGAAGCAAUUCCCUUCCUCAACUCCGGUGGAUGAGGGGUCGAGGGUUAGGUUGGACGAGAACAUCAUGGCGUUGUGCCAUUGUCAGAUUACUGACCGGGGGUUCGCCGAUGCUACCGACAUGGUUGGCCCCUCCAUCGAGGUCAGGAGACCUACCGGUACUCAAACUGCUCUAGAUGCACCCUCGGGGUUCUUCACGGUCCAUCUGGCGUCUCUGAAGAAGGGGCUGCGCUUUCCACUCCACCCUUUGUUGGUCGAAUACCUCAACGAGGUGGACCUUCUCCCGUGCCAACUGGUCCCCAAUUCUCACCGGUACAUCGCCGGUUACUUGGUCCGGUGUAAGGCUGUGGGGGUGAAACCAACCUUGGACCAUUUCAUAUUCACCUUCAAACUCACCAAGGGCCAAAAGGAUUGGGCGUCCUAUGCCAGCCUUUCCCAGAGAUCCAGUAAACUCUUUGCGAGUGACAAAAAGGGCUCAACCAAGGACUGGAAGCCUUUCUUUGUCUUCGUUUCGACGGGGCCCGAAUCUCCUUUCACGGGUUCAGGGCGCCCUUCCUUCCGCUGCAUCCCAUGCCCCCGAGCUGAUGCCACCCUCCUGUCCAUCACUCGCCAACUCUGCAAUAGGGGAGUUAUGAACAUCAAGGAGGUGGUGACAGAGGAAACCCUUGCCGGGUUUGGGUUUGAGUUUGUCCCAGAUGAGCUUCGCCAUCAACCCGACCUACUGAGGGACAUCCCCGGGGGGCGUCAGCCUGACCAGCCGAAGGACAUUCCUAAGGAAGGUCUUGACUGUGGUCCUUUUGUGGAACUACAAGAUUCAGGUGAAGAGAUGGACAGCGAACUCCUGCUUAGUCGCUUCACUGCUGGGAGGAAGAGGAAGAGAGAGACGAGGGGCCAGGGCAAACGCUCUUCGUCCCGCCACGAGGAGGGUCCUUCUCAGGAGCCGGCUGUGAUCGUGGUGGAGGACCGGGAUGAAAUUGCCCUGGAAACGGGUACAAUGACUGGUCAUUCCCCACCCCCCCACUCUGUGAGGCCAGGUGGCGACCUAGCUGGGUCGUCCCCGGGUAUCGCCUCGGAGCGACCUCCUUCGCCUCCCGCAGUGACCUACGAGGUGGCGACUGGUGGUCGCUCGACGAGACUCUGCAUUCCUCCUCUGCCCCAAAACUUGGGGGACGUGCAACUGGAGACCUUGAUCACCCUGCCCGCGGAGGACCAAGCCCGCAUCUCGGCCGGUUCUGAGGACAACCUCGAUAACAUGGUCCUCUUGAGGCUAAGCCAGGCCACGCUGGGGAUGAUCGAGGUGGUUGGCAGGAGACGGGGUCGUCAGGCCGCUGCGGAUGAGGCGAUGAAAGCAGCCGAGGCCAAACAGGGGGAGCUGCAGGAAGAGGUCGCCCGGCUCAUGAGGGAGUUGGAGGAGGAGAAGGAUCGCUGCGCUGCGCUUGCGGUGGAGAAAACUUCCCAGGAGAGCUGCUGUGCCGCCCUUGAAGCAGACAAGGCCUCCUUGUCCUUGGAGGUAGAAUCUGUUUCUGCCCGCGUGCUUGAGCUGGAGGGGGAGAAGUCCGAUCUGAUCCAACAGCUGGAAGUGGAGAGGGGCGACCGAGCCCGCUAUGCAGUGGAGGCAGUAGAGUCCUUCAAGUCCUCCCCUGACUUCACGGUGGUCGCGAUGGAGCGGAUGGUGGAGCUGACAGCCGCCUGGCUCAAAACCGAACCUGGGGCCCAAUGGAUGGUCAAGGAAGGGACCAAGUCCUUCAACUGUGGUCUCUUCCGCGCCCAACAGGUCUUCCGUGCUAGGCUGGCUCAGCUCCCCAAGGGAUUCUCUCUUCCCGACCUUGGCUUCCCUCCUUCCUGUCGUUCCUUGGCCGAGUUCGACCCCAGUCCUUUUCUGGACGGGGGAGCUCGAGUGCGUCGGAAGAAGUGGAAGAAGAAGAAGUGGAAGGCGAUCAAGGUGACCAGGAUCAGGGGACCAGCUUAGCCACCUCCAAGGCGGGUGAAAAUCCCAACACGAGCGUCUAACUUCUCCUGUUGUUCCCCCAGAGUUUUGUAGACAUUGUUGUUGUUUUUUCUUUCUUUUUGGAAUGACUUGUCGUUUUGAUACAAUGCUCCUUCUAUAUUAUUUGACUCGUUGGAUGCAUCAUACGCCUCCUUUCUUCAGCGUUUUACUCUCUUCUCUAGGUUAGCUGAUCUGCAUGUAUGUUUUAAUUUGGGCCCUACUCUUAAUUCCGGCCCACUUGACUGCCCAGGGCCAAUAUCAGGAUUGG